GCGGCCGGCGGUCAGCGGGCUGGCUGGCUGGCUGGCGGGCCGGCUGGCGGGGCCCGAGCCGCCGAGGCGGACGGCGGCGGGCCUGCGCCGGGGCUGGGGGAUUUGGCCUCUCUGCUUGCUGGGGCCCGCCUCCCCUGUGUGCAAAAAAUUGUAGACCAAGAAGCCAUGGAUAGGAGAAGUGUGAAUGAAACCGAAAAUGGAGAUGCAUUCCUUGACCUGAAGAAGCUACCGACCUCCAAAUCCCCCCAUCGCUAUACAAAAGAGGAGCUCUUGGAUAUAAAGGAACGACCACAUUCGAGACAGAGGCCUUCAUGCCUCUCCGAAAAAUACGACAGCGAUGGCGUCUGGGACCCUGAGAAGUGGCACGCCUCCCUGUACCCCACGUCUGGACGGAGCUCCCCAGUAGAAAGCCAGAAGAAAGAGCUGGAUGCUGACCGACCAUCCCUGGUGCGCAGGGUAGCAGAUCCAAGAGAACGUGUGAAAGAAGAUGACCUGGAUGUUGUUCUCAGCCCACAGAGACGAAGCUUUGGAGGGGGUUGCCACGUGACAGCUGCCUCUAGCUCCCGACGCUCAGGAAGUCCUUUGGAGAAGGAUGGUGAUGGGCUUCGCCUGCUCGGUGGACGAAGGAUCGGCAGUGGGAGGAUAAUCUCUGCUCGGACCUUCGAGAAGGACCACCGUCUCAGUGAUAAGGACCUGCGGGACCUGAGAGACCGGGACAGGGACUAUAAGGACAAACGUUUCAGGAGGGAGUUUGGGGAUAGCAAGCGUGUCUUUGGAGAGCGUAGAAGAAAUGACUCAUACACGGAAGAAGAACCAGAGUGGUUCUCAGCUGGACCCACAAGUCAGUCUGAAACCAUUGAGCUGACGGGCUUUGAUGAUAAGCUCCUAGAAGAUGAUCACAAAGGCAGAAAGAGAGCAAGGCGACGCACAGCCUCUGUGAAGGAAGGCAUAGUGGAAUGCAAUGGAGGAGUGGCUGAAGAGGACGAGGUGGAGGUCAUCCUGGCCCAGGAACCCACUGCAGAUCAGGAAGUGCCAAGGGAUGCUGUCCUGCCUGAGCAGUCCCCAGGAGAAUUUGACUUCAAUGAGUUCUUUAACCUUGAUAAGGUGCCGUGUUUGGCGUCGAUAAUAGAAGAUGUCCUGGGAGAAGGGUCAGCCUCUGCUAGUCGGUUCAGCAGGUGGUUCUCUAACCCGAGCCAGUCAGGAAGCCGGUCAAGCAGCCUCGGGUCCACGCCACAUGAGGAACUGGAGCGACUGGCAGGUCUGGAGCAAGCCAUUCUCUCUCCCGGACAGAACUCGGGGAAUUAUUUUGCUCCUAUACCAUUGGAAGACCAUGCUGAAAAUAAAGUGGACAUUUUAGAAAUGCUACAGAAAGCCAAAGUGGAUUUAAAACCUCUUCUUUCCAGCCUGUCUGCAAACAAAGAAAAGCUUAAAGAGAGCUCACACUCAGGGGUGGUGCUUUCCGUGGAGGAGGUGGAAGCAGGGCUCAAAGGCUUGAAGGUGGACCAGCAAGUGAAGACUGCUACUCCCUUCAUGGCAGAGCAUUUGGAGGAGCCCCUAAGCGCUGUCAGCAGCACUCGGCUCAGGAAGGAUGGAGACAUGACUGCCUUCAACAAGCUCGUGAGCACCAUGCAAGCCACGAAACCUGAAAGCCAUUUGAUAUCACCUGCUGAGAUUCCAGGCCAACCCGUCUCUAAGAACAUCCUGCAGGAACUUCUGGGUCAGCCAGCUCCGAGACCUGCUUCUUCCAAUCUUCUGAGUGGCCUUAUGGGGAGCUUGGAGCCUGCUGCAUCUUUACUGGGCCAAAGAGCACCCUCUCCUCCCAUCUCACAGGUGUUUCAAGCUCGAGCAGCCUCAGCGGACUACCUUCGCCCAAGAAUACCAUCACCAAUUGGUUUCACACCAGGACCCCAGCAGCUACUUGGAGACCCAUUCCAAGGCACGCGCAAGCCCAUGAGCCCCGUCACAGCCCAGCAGAUGAGCCAGCUAGAGUUACAGCAAGCAGCUUUGGAGGGGCUGGCCCUGCCACACGACCUCGAAGUACAGGCAGCAAGCUUCUACCAGCCUGGUUUUGGCAAGCCACAGGUGGACAGAACCAGAGAUGGCUUCAGAAACAGGCAGCAGCGAGUAACGAAGUCACCAGCACCCGUGCACCAAGGGAACUCUUCUUCCCCAGCCCCUGCCGCCUCUAUCACAAGCAUGCUUUCUCCUUCCUUCACCCCUACCUCCGUAAUCCGCAAGAUGUACGAGAGCAAAGAGAAAAGCAAGGAAGAGCCAGCACCUGGAAAGGUGGCUUCUGGUGACAGUAAAGACGAUACUCAGAAGGCCAGUGAAGAGAACCUGCUGUCAUCCAGCUCCAUACCCAGUGCUGAUCAAGCGUUGUCUCCUCCGACGAAUCCCAAACUGGCGGCCCUACAGCGGUCUUCGUGUUCCACCCCACUGUCCCAGACCAACCGUUACACCAAAGAACAAGAUUACCGACCUAAAGCAGCUGGGAGAAAAACGCCUACCUUGGCAUCCCCGGUUCCAGGAACACCUUUUCUCCGCCCCACCCACCAAGUUCCCCUCGUCCCCCAUGUCCCUAUCGUUCGGCCUGCUCACCAGCUUCACCCAGGGUUGGUCCAGAGGAUGCUGGCCCAGGGUGUACCUCCACAGCACCUUCCGAGCUUGCUCCAGGCCGGGGUGCUGCCUCCUGGGAUGGACCUGGCUCAUUUGCAAGGAAUAUCUGGGCCAAUCCUGGGCCAGCCCUUUUAUCCUUUACCUCCUGCUAGUCACCCUCUCCUGAACCCUCGUCCCGGGACACCUCUGCAUCUGGCAAUGAUGCAGCAGCUCCAGCGCUCAGUUCUGCAUCCUCCAGGCUCUGGUUCCCAGCCAGCCGCUGUCAGCGUGCAGACAACCCCUCAGAACGUGCCCAGCCGCUCGGGCCUGCCCCACGUGCACUCCCAGCUGGAGCACCGCCCCAGCCAAAGGAGCAGCUCCCCCGUGGGCCUCGCCAAAUGGUUUGGCUCCGAUGUCCUCCAGCAGCCCCUGCCCUCCAUGCCCGCCAAGGUCAUCAGUGUGGAUGAGCUGGAAUACCGCCAGUGAGCAGGGCAGGCAGGCAGGCUCACCUACACCUGGACCUGUGGUGGCAUCCCGGCCAGGGCUCUGCCUCCUCGUCUCGGGUUGGUUUCCGGGCUUUUACUUUGGAACACGCUGGGCGAAGCUGUUUAGGGGACUCAUGCCCCUGGCGUGGUCUGCGUCCCAGAAGGAUCUUCACCAAUCGAGCGGAGCCUGCGUGGUCUUUAUUCAGGACGCACAGUGCUGUUGUUCCUGGGGACGGUCUUUCUUUUUGUAAGAUAUGUGAAUGAAGUGUUGGUGUCUUCACCAAGAGGUGGCACCGCAGGGUUUGAGGAAAUAAAAUGUACAGGCCUGUGUAUAAACUUUUGUACAUACGUAGAUGGGUAGCUUUUUUGAACUUCUACAGCUGUACAUAAAGUAGCUGGUGUUAGAUAAGCUGUGUCAGUCGUUUGGAUUUUUUUCACUUGUACAUUUGGGACUUUUGUUUGAUUAAAGUUGCAUAUGCUAAGUGUGUGAAUGAAGUGAAUGGCGCUGUUGUUUAUUUCCUCCCAGAAUCCCUUGUGUCUGGAAGCUGAGUGCAGAGGCUCAGGAGGCCCUUGAUUCGAUUCAGGCGGAAGCAGUUUUGGCCUCUUUCCCUGAGCCUGGACGCCGCAGGGCUCAGGCCGAUGAGUAGCCUUGUGGCUGGGUAUUUACUAAGUGUUCAGUUUUCAAAAUUCAACUAACCUAGUAAGUCAGCUUGUUUAUUGGGAAAUCAUGUAUGUGAGUUUCUCCAGAACUACAUACGUUUGCUGGCCUUGU